AUGGCAUCAACGCCUAUGGACCUCGACCCUACCGAUGCCUCGUCCCCCGCCAACGGCACCCCGUCUACCUCGCUGAACAUAACACGUACACUGGGUAGCAGCCUUCCGAGUACGUCGGUAGUGCCGGAUGUCAUCGCCCACUUUAGACCUACAAAGGUACCCUCUCUCAUCAGACCAUCCUUUCAUCACUGUGAUCUCUCCUUCGCUGCUGCUUCAGUCCCGACUGCUGCAUCCGAGCUGCCUGGCCAAGUAUCCACAGCCCACCCCAAGCCAGUCGCGCGGUUACGCAAGCAAGAAGCCGACAAAGCACAGCGAGGACAAGAAGAGAAAACCAGAGUAGACAGCUGUUCUGACCCCUCACAGCUGUUCAAGCGCAAUGACACCAAAGACAACCGCCCACAACCCCACGUCCUCAGCCUCGACUUCGACGACCCCGGCGAGCUGCUCAUGACCUCCGAGAGCGACGAGACGAUCCAGAUCUACAAAGUGCGCGACGGCCGGCAUGAUAAGCAACUGCUGAGCAAGAAGUACGGCGUGAAGCUGGCCAAGUUUACACGGAACAGCUCGAGCAUCAUCUAUGCGAGCACAAAACAGAAUGACGCGAUCAGAUACCUCACGACGCACGACAAUGCAUUCAUACGAUACUUCGAGGGCCACGAGGCGGCCGUCACUUGUCUAGCGAUGCAUCCUGGUAAUGACGAUUUCAUAUCAUGUGGCAAAGAUAACACGGUACGGUUAUGGAAUGCGGGGACCAAGAAUGCGACGGGUAUCUUAUAUCUAAACACGCCCUACCUCGCGGCAUAUGACCCAAGCGGACAGAUCUUCGCCGUGGCAUCGCCAUCCAGCGGGCAAGUGCUGCUCUACGACCAUCGCAACUUUGACAAGGCGCCAUUCUCGACAUUUGACGUGCUGGAGGCUGGCGGCGCGGCGGACGCCAAUUUCGUACUGAAGGGCUGGACGAAGCUCGAAUUUGCAAACGACGGUCGGACGAUCUUGGUAGGCACAAAAGGCAGCGGACACUUCCUCCUGGACUCGUUCAACGGCAGCCUCAAGGCGUACCUGCGGAAGCCCGAACACGGCGGGACCAGCAGACUGGCAGCCGGCGAGGAGUUCACGAUGAACGGCGGCUGGAGCGGUGUCAACGUCGAGGGCAGCGGGGACUGCUGCUUCACGCAGGACGGCAGGUAUGUCAUCGGCGGGACGAAGAAGGGCGUCGUGGUGUGGGACACGCUGGGCCAGUCGGACGAGAACAAGGUGAUGGACCCGCUGCACACGAUCGAGGAUCCCAGGGAGGCGGCCGUCGUCUGCUUCAACCCGCGGUUCAACUUCUUCGCGACGGCCGACCAGGAUGUGGUGUUCUGGGUACCUGAUCCGCAUGCGUAG